AUGAGAGCAGUUAUACAAAGAGUAAAACAAGGUUCGGUCACUGUCAACAAUGAAGUUAUAUCAUCAAUUGGUCAAGGUUUAGUUUGUCUCAUUGGAAUCACUCAUGAUGAUACAAAAGUAGAUUCUGAUUGGUUACUCUGGGAUAAUAAGGAGGCCAACAAGAGCUGGGAUAAAAGCGUAAAGGAUAUGAACUAUGAAGUGUUAUUUGUCAGUCAGUUUACAUUGUAUGCAGUCACCAAGAAAGGCACCAAACCCGAUUUUCAUUGCGCAAUGCCCUCGGAAUUAUCGAAACAAUUCUACACUCAAUUCCUAAAUGAUGCCAAACAAAACUAUAAACCUGAAUUGAUUAAAGAUGGAUGUUUUGGUGCAAUGAUGGAUGUUGGAAUUGUAAAUGAUGGACCAGUCACAAUCGUACUUGAUUCAAAAGAUAAAUAA